GCGAAGCAUCACUCUUCGCUCCGCCGUUGAGGCCGACGCUCAGCUUCACCGUCUUCUCUCCGAGAUCUCCCUCCCUUUCCCUCUCUCUCUCUCUCUCCCUCUGUGGAAACCCUAGUAGAGCACGGAUGGCGAGAUCGCCGCAGCGACACCACUUCGUCGUCGUCGUCUUCCUCUCCCUCUGCGUCCUCCUCCUCUACUGCCACUCCAACACCUCCCUUUCCGCCUCCAUCUCUGCCUCCCAGAACCCUAACCCGGACCCCCGUUUCCUCCCCAAUUCCCGUCCGGAAACCCGAGCGCCGACCCCUGGUUUCACUCUCCUCAUCAAGGUCCUCGCCUUCAACCGCCUCGACUCCAUCUCCCGCUGCCUCCGCUCCCUCGCCGCCGCCGACUACGUCUCCGACACCGUCCACCUCCACGUCUACAUCGACCACUUCGAUAACAGAUCGGGCGACGUGGAAUCGAGCUUGGGUGCUUCGCGUAAGAUUCUGGAUUUUGUCGAUGGUUUCAAGUGGGAGUUCGGCGACAAGCUGGUGCACUAUCGGACGGGUAACGCGGGGCUGCAGGCGCAGUGGUUGGAGGCGUGGUGGCCGAGCUCCGACGACGAGUUCGCCUUCAUUGUCGAGGAUGAUCUGGAGGUCUCGCCGCUUUUCUACAAGUUCGUUAAGUCCGUGAUAUGGAACUAUUACUACAAUGCUUCGAAUUUUAGUCCGAUGAUAUACGGAGUGACGCUUCAGCGACCAAGGUUUGUCCCAGGUAAGCAUGGGAACAAACUGCAGGUUGAUGGCAGAACUCGAGUUUUCCUGUAUCAGUUAGUCGGGACUUGGGGUCAGAUUCUCUUUCCAAAGCAUUGGAAGGAGUUUAGGAGGUGGUAUGACUAUCACAAGGCGAAGGGCAUCAAGCCAAUUCUUGAGGGAAUGGUGACAACGGGAUGGUACAGAAGGCUGGGAGAGAAAAUAUGGACUCCAUGGUUCAUAAAAUUCAUUCAUGAUCGUGGAUAUUUCAACUUUUAUACCAACUUUUUACAAGAAAGGGCACUUAGCAUCUCUCAUAGAGAUACUGGUGUCAACUAUGGUAAAACAGCUGGGCCAGAUUCUCAUCUUCUGAAUGAAGCUCCUCAUGAUUUCAGUCUUCUUGAGAUGCAGCCCUUGAGUAAUCUGAAGUGGUAUGAUUUUUGUUUUAGAGAGGUGCUUCCUGGUAGGGUCGUUAGGAAUUUCAAUGACCUUGGUGUUGUUCUUGACACUGUGCAAAUAAAUGAGACUAUAGUGCUUGUGAGCCUCUUUGGGUUUCAAGAGAUCAUCAUCAGGAACAUGCUCUGCCACUUUGAGAGGCUGAAUAUUCGUAACUACAUACUUAUGGGCCUUAUGUCAGAUUUGCUGUUUGAUCUUGCUAGAAGGGGACAUCCUGUUAUUGCUGCAGACCAGUUUCUGGAUAGUGUGGGGGCUAAUGAACUGAAGGGACCUGUGAAUUCCUCUCCAGAGUUGAUCAAGAAUGUUAUGACGAGUACAUAUGCGAUUAAGAAAUGUUUAGAACUUAGAUACAAUGCUUGGGUGGUGGAUGCAAACAUGCUCUUUCCUAACGGAGGCAUGUUUCAGGCCUUGACCGACUCCACCUUUGACUUAUAUGUUUGGAAGAGCUUGGGUGUGAUUUUUGUUCAGAGAUCCUCUGCUGUCAGGAAACUAUGGCUCAAUAAUUUUGUGCAUGCAGUUGAAGCAGGAGAUUCUUUGUGGGAUAAGCUUUCAAUAGCACGGGAAAACGGCAAUUUUGCAGACAUAGCAGCAAGUUUUCUAGAAUCCAAGAGGGUGAGGGUCAAGAGGAUUGACGAUAGAAGCCUCGGGGUUGACAUUGGCAGAAGCAUUGUCGACCAGGCUUCUCCUGGAUUAGAAAACAAGGUACUGUACUGGUCUGCUGAUACUGCUCCGGAUGUAAUUCGGAAGCGACUUGAAGAGUUGAAAAUGUGGACCCUAGAUGGUGAUGACUCUUGUUCGGCAGUGGUUUGUCAUCAAUCAUAGCAUUGGUUCGGUUUUCCCAAUUUCGGCGAUUUGGCUAAUUUUAACACUAAUUCUUUUGUACAAACGCCAUUAUAUUGACCAAUUUUUCACGGUUGCUGGGAAUGCCUAUGGCAGAAAUAUUGUUGGAUUUUUCGGGUGACAGCCAGUCAACAUGAGUGAUGGUUGGGGUCGGACUCAGCUGAGUUCGCGCAAAUGAGGAGUCAUGUUCUCUA